CUUCAACAGGCGGUCAAAGAGCAGAAGCUCCGAGUGGAGCAGUUUAAAGAAAAUGAAACCAUUGUCCAAACUCUAAAACAAGAAAACCUUGAACUGCAGAAAAAGCUUGAUGAAAAAGCUGUAAAUCCCAAAGAAAGUUUUCUGCCAGAAGAGGGAUCUGGGAAGGGCUGUGAUAUGUGCAGAGGAAAGGCUUUAGAAGAGAUGCGUUGUCAAUAUAUUAAAGCUGUGGACAAAAUAAAAAGUGACAUGCUCCGAUAUAUCCAUGAAAGCAAAGGAAGGGCUGCUGAAAUGUUGAAGUCUGAGGUUUUGAAAGAACGUCAAGAGACAGCACGAAAAAUGCGGAAAUAUUACUUAACCUGUUUGCAGCAGUUAUUAAAGGAUGACGGAAAGAAUGAGGGUGCUGAAAAGAAAAUCAUGAACGCUGCAAGCAAACUUGCAACUAUGGCCAAAGUUCUGGAAACUCCCAUCUCUCAAAAAACGCAGAGUAGAAUCUUCAAAGCAGCAUCUCUGCAGAUUGAAAAUGAAACUGAACAUGAGGUGGCUAAAUCUGUAAAUGCUCAGAUCUGUGUAACCGACAGACUGAAGGCACCAAUCACAGAGCAAAGAACGGUUGAUGAA